AUGCCCCUCCUCUACUACUGGCAGCAGAGCGGCCUGGGGCAACCACACGGGCAAUGGCGUGAUCGGCGGCAAGAAGAUCCAAGAUCCAGGAUCCAGUCAGUCUGGGUGACCGGGCCUGCCUAUGUGCCUCCGGAGUCUGGAGGUAUGGAUCACGCAGAAAAAUCCGCGCAAACCGUUCCCAAGGACAACCCUGGCUCCCGGUUCUUCCUCUUGUUACGGGUCGGGGUCUCGUUCUCGAAUCUCAACCCCCUUACCGUCAACCCCACCUCUCCAUACCCCAGGAUUUUCCCUCCCGCGUUGCACUGCCUCGACGAUCCAAGCAGCAUCGGACGGAUGCUUGGGAUGCGACAGCACGGCGGCGCAGUCGUCCUUCAAGCCAGGAGUAGCAGGAGAUCGCCUGCACAGACGAGACAGUUCUUGACAGGGCUCGGCGGGAACGUCAAGGACUGCAUCCAAGCACUGGACCCCGGUCCUAUAUCAGCCGCGGCCCAAAUGCCCCAAGCUUCCGCUACAGCCGUGUCCCACGAUAACACAGCCACGAACCCUGUCGCCUGA